AUGGAGUUUCUGCAAAACCACCAUUCAGCAAACAGCUCGGAACCGAGUUAUACACUUGGUACAGGAUCGGUUGGAAUCGAGGCGAAUAUUCCGAGUGGUCUUUGUGCCAAUUCCUUGGGUGUUCUCGGUAGUGAGGAUACUUUGACUGAAGAUCAUCAUCAUCAUCAUCAUCAUGAAGACGCGACUGCCGCGGCUAUUGCACUAGGAACUCUGCAGGAGCUACAAGCUAGCCCGAGUGACGACAUAAACGACCAGACGCAUCACAUACAAAAUUCCGCCCAAGCUCAGGUUGUCGGGGAGUUUGGUGCUAAUUUUUGGGUCGACGACAUGGCUGGUUUUCCUUUGCCGCCUCUCGACUUAGAUCCUUUACCCCCGGGAUUAUUCAGUCCCUGCUCGGCAACUUACAACUGGGGAUAUACGAGAUCAGAUUGCGUACCGAGGUCGGGGAAUCCCAAUGGCGAAGGUGUUGCGGAUGUUCUUCUUUCUUUGAAGCAUGCUGUUGUACAUCCCGGAAGUCCCACUAGUGGAUACUACAGCCCGCCUAAUACAAGUCAUCAUUAUUCGCAAGAUUACGGACAAAAUUUAGCACCACCUCCAGUUCCUCCGAGUCAUUACGCUACCGGGCCUGCUAUGUCUGUUAAUGUUUCGAUGAACAUGACCAUGAAUAUGAACAUGCAUCCUGGGUAUGAGCAGAGUUAUGCAUCCGCGUGGGGCGUGGAGCCGCUGCUGAGUCCCGCCCCUCAAUAUAACCCCGUGCCUGAGCCGCAGACUAGGGUGAACCAAGUACCAGCCAAUGGAAUCAUUGGAUCACACACCCCUCAUUCUCACCCCCAUGCGCGACUGCAACCGACAAACGAGCACGCGCUCUGCGUUGCCUCGGGAGCUGUAUCCAAUUCCAGCGAUGACAAUGGCAGACCAAAUUUAUGUAGAAUUUGUGGUAAAACUUAUGCGCGACCUAGUACUUUGAAGACACACCUGAGAACUCAUUCCGGGGAAAAACCAUUUCGAUGUCAUGCCUGUUCGAAAGCAUUCAGUCAAGCGGCAAAUUUAACAGCACAUGCCAGAACCCACUCUGGAGAAAAACCAUUUCGUUGUCCAGUUUGUGAUAGAAGAUUUUCCCAAAGUAGUUCAGUUACGACGCACAUGAGAACUCAUUCUGGUGAACGUCCUUACCGGUGUAGAUUUUGUAAGAAGGCGUUCUCGGAUAGCUCGACAUUGACGAAACAUCUGAGAAUUCAUUCCGGGGAGAAGCCGUAUCAGUGUAAAUUGUGCUUACUAAGGUUCAGCCAGAGUGGAAAUCUCAAUAGGCAUAUGAGGGUCCACGGUGGCUCUUUAACGUGA